GGGAAGAGUGAAAGUGGGGAGAGAGGAGGGGAGAGGAUAAAUGAAGGCGGCCAUGGCGAUGGUUAGAGGCGCGGCCAACGGCGGGUUUAGAAUUGAUUCGGAGGAACAUUCAUUUUCCUUGUUUCAUCAGGUAACCGUACAGCCAACUCGCCGUCACCGACUAAUAACAGUAUGUGCAAGCUCGGAUGGGGCAAAAGGCUCAGGAACCACAGCCAGAGGACGGAGACUUAUCAAAAUUCGUGAAGAUAAGAGGAAGCGCGAGUACGAGCGCCUUCACAACUAUCCUGCUUGGGCCAAAGUGUUAGAAAACGCCUGCAAAGACGAUGCUGAGCUUAGAGCCCUUCUGGGAGAUAGCAUUGGAAACCCUGAGCUCAUGAGGAAAAGGGUUGAACAAAGAGUUCGCCAGAAGGGUCGAGACUUCCGCAAGUCCAAAACCGGUUCACUCCUUGCCUUCAAAGUCUCCUUCAGAGACUUCAACCCCCUUGAUUCCUACAUUUGGUUUGAAUUCUUUGGAUCACCGUCUGAUCGUGAUAUUGAUCUCUUUGGUAGUGUUAUUCAGUCAUGGUAUGUUAUGGGACGCUUGGGUGCCUUUAAUUCUACUAAUCUGCAGUUGGCAAAUUCAUCUAUGGAGUACAAUCCCCUCUAUGAUGUGGAUAAGGGUUUCAAAGUGAUGCCAUCUUCAUUUCAUGAGAUCAGUGACAUUGAGUUCCAGGAUAACUGGGGUCGUGUUUGGGUAGACCUGGGUACAGCUGACUAUUUUGCUGUUGAUGUACUGCUCAACUGCUUGACAGUCUUAAGUUCAGAAUAUAUAGGCAUUCAACAGAUAGUUUUUGGUGGUCAGAGAAUCGGUGAUUGGGAAGAGGGGAUGACCAACGCAGAGUAUGGAUACAAGUACUUCAAGAUUUAAAAUUGAAUCAUCUAUAUAUUUGUUUCUAGAAGUUCUUUACUGUUGAAGGGCUUGGAGACUGACAAUUUUGGAAUAUGUAUUUUACUGCUUUGCCUGUACACCAUUUAUCUGCCCUGUAAUUACAUCUUCCGUGUGUUAAGACUUAAGAGUUAACAAGUUAGACCACGUGCUCAAAACAGUAUAUUUCACUCA